AUGCCUAUCAGCAACGGAGCCAAACCGCAAAGGAAACAAAAAUGGUCGUACAACUUUGCAUGGACCAACCAGCACCUCACCCCAGAAACACUACAACCCCUUCGCUACGAAUACGACGAACUCGGCGCCCAAGCCCUCGACAGACUCCUCGCCAUAAAGGCACAAGAAGAGGCCGACAACAACAACAACAAAAAAGUAAGCCUCGAUCUAUACAAACUGCUCGAGCAGAACCAUACCAAAGACAAAAUCCUGGGCGAGUUCUGGGACCAAGUCCACAGCGUGCCGGAAUGGGUUGACUGGCAGCAGAUUGAACGCGGACAGCGAUUCUUCUACCGCUACGCGCUGGCCAACAUCAUGGGCUUCGCGUUUCAGGGCUUUGUCUGCGAGAACUCGGCGUCGACUGGGGUUGUUGAGGUGCUUGUCCGCACCGGCGGGUUCUCAACGCGUAUGCUCUGGGGUCGCUUGCUGGAGACGUUCCAAUGGCUACUACAGGUAACGCAAAGCAUUGACGCAGUCAAGCCUGGAGAUAAAAGUAGGAGUAGCGGCGAGGGCUUCAAAUCGACAAUUCGCGUGCGUCUACUACAUUCGUCGGUUCGCCGGCGGGUGCUGCAGCUAGCCAGUCGCCGGCCGGAGUACUACGAUAUUUCCCAAUUCGGUAUCCCUGUGAAUACGAUGGACUCGAUCCACUCAAUCACGACAUUUGCCUGCAACCCCAUGUUCCUGCAGCUGCCGAAGAUGGGCAUCCAGCCACGGCAAGAUGAGAUCGAGGACUACCUGGCCUUGUUCCGAUAUCUGGCACAUGUCAUUGGCACACCGACAGAGUACUUUUCAACACCGGAGCAGGCACGGGCUGUGAUGGAAAGUUGCUAUUUUCACGAGCUGAAUAUGACCGAGACGUCCAAAACGGUUGCCUACAACUUUGUGCGCUGUAUCGAGAGUCUGCCGCCGCCGCUCAUUAUCUCGCGAGGGUUCACCGAGGCUGGGAGUCGCUGGCUCAAUGGGCAUCAGCUGUGUGACGAGCUCGGUUUGGGGAGGCCGGGCUGGAUUUCGUAUGUUGUAUUUUCCGGUCAGUGUGUGCUGGUGAUGGUGCUUGCGUGGGCGCAGAGGUUGGUUCCUUCGUUUGACAAUUUUAUGAUUGAGUUUCUCCGAUCUCAUUUAUACUGGGCCGUCGUCGAGAGUAACGAGGGUCUAAGGGGAGGAACGAAAUUUGAAAUGAAAUAUAAUCCCCGAUUAGGAAAUAAAACUGGACGCGAGGAAGGAGAUGCUAUUGCUGGUGGUUUUGGCUUCAUCGAGUCCUUUUUUCUGUUCUGGGCUCUGCUAGCUGCAUCUGUAGUGCUGGCAGCUGGCUACUUUUUCUGGAGAAUGAUAACCUAG